AUGGUGGUGGUGUCGCAGUCGAAGCGCCGGCUCCUUCUGCAUGUGCUCCUUGAGCACUUUGGCGAGCACGUCGAGCACCUCGCGCGGGUCCUCCUCAAGGCCGACGACGACGGCUUCACACUGCGCGAGAUCCUCCUGCACACGACCAAGGCCACGCCGUCGCAGCUCAAGGCCGGCCUCCUAAAGAUGCUCCAGCACAACAUGCUCGACAUCAAGUCUCACUGGGCCAACGUCAAUCAUGCGCACAAGAAGACGGCGCAGACCAAGCAGCCCUACACGCUUCGGUAUACGCUCAACCACGACGAGGUGCUCCGGCGUCUCCGCUUUGCACGCUACAUUGAGCUCGCCAACUCGGUCUUUGGCGAAGAGGGCGCGAUCAUUAUGGAGGAGCUCUUGGUCUGUGGCCGCCUCCGCCUCGACCAGUCGAUCGAGGCCAUGGCGUUCAACCUUGCCCAGGCGCGCCGCGCCGCCGAUGGCAACUCGGAAGGCGAUGUGGACGCGGACGAGCUUGACGACCUCAAGGCAACGCUUCGGUCGACCUUUCUCGAGAUGGCCAAGAACCGCUACAUCGUACGCGUGCACCCGCUCGACCUCAACAACAAGCAGGCGGACGAUCCGUUUGCAGACGAAGCCGAGGUUGCGUUCGAGAAGCUCGCGGCGGCAGCGUCGUCGCCGUCCUCGUCGGCCAAGGCCACGCCCAAGCCAAAAGCGAAAAAGUCGUCGGCCGACACGGUCGAGCUGGACGACGGGUUCUCGGUGCGCCGUGGCACGAAACGCAAGGCCAAGGCGCCACCGAAGGACGUCGUUCCGAUCGAAGUGCAGCUCAUGAUGCAGGCAGAAGAGGCCGAGGCGUCGACACCUCCGGCUGCGACCAGUGCACCCGUCUCGUCAGGCGGUCGUCGCCGUCGGAAGGAGGCCAAGCUGCCGUCGACUCCGACGUCGCUUCUCGACAACGGCCAGGGCGACGACCUGACGCGCGAGCUGCGCCACCGCGCUUGCAUCAAGUUUGCGAAAGAGAGCGUCAACGACGUGGCCGAGGUGAUCGUGCAAGCCAUGCUGCACGCGUCGUCGCCGCACGAGCGCGGUGAGGCCGAGCCGACGUCAUUCCCAAUGACCGCGCGGGACCUUUUCAAGGUGCCGUCCGUCGACGCGGUGAUUCCGCAGACGUCGCGCGACCGCUGGAAGCUCCUCCUCAACUACCUCACGGCCAUGUGCCAGCAUCCGUCGGGCAUGCUCACCAAGACCGCCCCCGAGGCAUUUACCGCCAACAAGACGGGCGACGGCGGCACGUACGCCGUGCACAUGCAGAAGAUCGUGUCGACGCUGGAGCGCAAGACAGUCCACGCGUUCGUGCAAGACACGUACGGCACGGCGAGUGCGCGCAUCCUCCGCGUCGUGUACGAGCAGCGCCAGGCCGAGGAGAAGACGAUCGGCGAGCUCGCGCUCCUGCCGGCGAGCGAGACGCGCAGCCGACUCUUUGGGCUCUUCCAAGCCAAGCUGAUUCAGAUGCAGGAGAUCCCCAAGCGCGCCGACUACAACCCGCAGUACACGCUCUACUGCUGGUCCGUGGACCACAAGGCGCUCAUUCGGCGCCUCGUCGAGCGCAUUGAAGUCUCGCUCGUGCAUUUGCGGACGCGACGCCAGCGCGAGGCCGACGAGCACAAGGAUCUGAUUGCGCGCUCGGACCAGCUCGUGGAGCAGCACGACCUCGAUCGGUUCGACCGCGUCUGCCGGUCCCUCGACCGGUUUGACCGACUCGUGCUCCAGUUGGACCGGAUGCUGCUUCUUUGUGCCACUUUUAGAUAUAAUUCCUUUCGCAGUUAG